AUGAGCGAUCAAGGUACUCACUUUUGUAACAAGAGACUAACAGGAUUAUUGAAAAAGCAUGGGAUUGUUCACAAAGUAGCAACAGCUUAUCAUCCCCAGACCAAUGAGCAAGCAGAGGUAUCUAACAGAGAGAUUAAACACAUUCUGGAGAAGAUAGUAAAGCCUCAUAGGAAGGACUGGAGUGCCAAGUUACAAGAUGCGCUCUGGGCAUAUCGAACAGCGUACAUGACACCCAUUGGGAUGAGCCCUUUCUGCUUAGUGUACGGUAAUGCUUGCCACCUUCCAGUAGAAGUGGAACACAAGGCUUUCUGGGCUGUAAAGGAAUGCAACAUGAAUUUUAAGGAAGCUCGUGUUGAAAGGAAGCUGCAACUAGCAGAAUUAGAGAACAUUCACCUAGAAGCAUAUGACAACUCCAGGCGAUACAAGGAAAAGAUGAAGGCCGUCCAUGACAAGCACAUAAAAAGGAGAGAAUUCAGACCAGGGGAGUUAUUUCUUCUUUACAACUCCAGACUGAGGCUUAUGCCAGGCAAACUUUGA